UCCUUACUCUAUUGUUACAUUGUAACAAACCGGGGCAGAAGAGAGGCCCACAGGGUCCUCGGGCCGACAGACACUACACAUCAUUUUUUGUUUUUUUCUUUCCUUCGAGGUGGAAAUAUAACGUUGCGAUUUGUCUAAACAUAGCGCAGAACACAACCACCUAUCCGGAGGGGGAAAAAAACCGAAGCUCGGCUCUAUUUGGUCUUUUUGAAUGCAGGCAUUUUAAAGGAUCACCUAGAGAUUUUAUCUGCAUGUAUUGGAUGCAUCUACGUCGGAAUUUUAAAUUUUUAGUGAAUGAGGUUCUUGUCUGUCUUCGUCUGCCCCGUUUUUAAUCUAUACAGAGCUUGAUUGCAACGUUAAAUGUUCGCAUAGGCUUCUUGAUACACAGACCCCCAUUUAUAGACCAUGUCAAGACUAAUGUCCAUUGUUUACGAUGCUUAAUUUUUCGUGAAUAAACUGCUAUUUCCUCAUUGGUCUGGCCAUUUCGAUGGGCUGAAGUCGCCGUUGUCUGUCAUUUUGUAACCUUGUGGAAGUCUAAAGCUGAAAUAGGCUCUAAAUCCCCCCCAAAAAAGAGAACCAUCCAAAUAAAGGAAGCACGGAACGAGCGACAGCUUCGCCGGUUUAAAGGCUCUCUAUUUCUGCCCAAGACGCAGUGUUUCCAUGGAGACAGUGUCAUCUCGCGGCCUGAAGCGCAGAUUUGAGGAGGUGGACAGCGGCUCGCCGUGUUCCACACCCAAAGAUUCAGAUGAUGACAUCUCCAGCAGUGACAGCGCUGAUAGCUGCGACAGUCUCAAUGCUCCCUCCAGCUCUCUAACACCUCCCUCCAUUCUCAGAAGACACAAAGUGUCUUUAGGUCGUAAGCAGGUACGCUUUGAUGCGGUGACGGUCUACUACUUCUCCAGAAGGCAGGGCUUCACCAGUGUGCCCAGUCAGGGUGGCAGCUCCCUGGGCAUGGCGCGCCAUCACUGCGCUAUACGACAUUACACCCUUGGCGAGUUUGCACGAGAACAAGAGAGCGGCCACAAGCAUGUGCUGCGUCAACACUUACGCCAAGAAAAGCUCAAUGCUCGCAAGUUAAAGCUGACACGGAAUGGAACUGUAGAUUGUCCUGAAGCGGAGUUGCUUACCCUGGACGACAUAUCCGAUGAGGAUCUGGACGUUGAGAGUGUGGAGGUGGACGAUUGCUUCUUCCUGCAGCCUCUUCCUACCAAGCGGCGCCGGGCACUAUUGAGGGCCUCAGGUAUUGCCCGUAUAGAUGCCAGAGAAAAGGCUGAUCUGCGUGCCAUACGUUUGUCCCGGGAGGAGUGCGGUUGUGACUGCCGCUUCUACUGUGACCCUCGGCACUGCGGCUGCAGCCAGGCUGGAAUUAAGUGCCAGGUGGAUCGGAUGUCCUUCCCAUGUGGCUGCACCCGUGAUGGUUGUGGUAACACCGCCGGCCGCAUUGAGUUCAACCCUCUUCGUGUGCGUACCCAUUAUCUCCACACUGUCAUGAAACUCGACCUGGAAAAGAGAAUCCUGUUGGGUGUUAGGUCUGGAGAGGACUGUGGGGAAGAGACAGAGUUAGUCUCCUCGCCCUCUCUGUCUCUUUCUCCCUUGGACUCGGAUGUGGAAAGCCAAAGUGUUCAGGAGCUGCAAGAGGAGCAGUGCGACAGCCUGGAGCGUGAGAACGAAACGGCCGUGCUUCACCUACAAAGUGCAGAGGAACGAGAAAGGAGACUGGAACAAGAGGAGCAGCAGGUCGAGGAAGAGCAGAACGCCGACCCAACCCUUUGCCUCCUGCAGGGUGCCCUGUCCAGCCAGGCUGGGAUGGAGGGCAUGGAAGGUGUUGAGGGAGUCCUUCUAGAGGGGCCUUUUCCUGAAGGUGCCACCCUGCUGUGUAUUACAGAAAACCAUCCAGAUGAACAGACCCAGCAGAGGCUGCUCAAAGACCCUUCUUCUGUCCUCUACUAUCAGGUAGGCCACGUAGAGACGGCAGCCUUUGAGACGCUCCCAGCAAAAGUAGAAGAGGCGGUGAGGGAAGGUGAUGAUCCAGAGACGAAGAGCGUUCGGCAAAAACAAGAAACCUGCGGGCAGGAUUCGGCCAAGAGCUUGUCUGUCGAAGUACCUCCACCUUUCGAGGAUGGUGGCGAAGAACAUCUUUGUCCAGAACAGGCCUCAAAUGACGGGGAAUGCCUCGAGACGUGCCUGGCACUGGAUGAAAAGGCAGUACAACUUCCUCCAGAAGUGUAGAGCCCAUCAACUCUGCAGAUGUUUUGCACAAGUUAGUCAUUAAAUUCAAAGAGAGCCUACUCCACACAGUGCGAUAUCUUACAAUUCUGCAUAAUGUUAUUCAAUGUUAAUGAAACAUGUUACCUUCAUGGGUUUGUAUCCAUUUUAGCUGGAGAUAAGCAUGUACUGUGUUUGAAGUAGGUUGUCUGUGGUAAAAAUGAGUAAUUAAAAAGAAAAAAAUAGAAUAAUUUAUUUAAGAAAAAAUGAAAAAAAGAAACUCAAGAAGAGCAGAGAUCCUGAUCUGACAAGUGUUGUUUUUUCCAAUAUGGUAUCGGUUCAUUACUUGAUACUGGUGGGGAAAUGUGGCCUUUAUGUCGAGGAGCAAGCAUUUUCAGGAUUAUCCAGCGGCUUCUUAUGGCCUUCUAGUUUGUAUAGUUUCCAAUAGCGCACCCCGACAACUAAUUGGCACUGACCAGAGGGUAUAUACUAACGUUAAGUUCACGUUUCGUCGGAAUUACUGCAGUUAUGAGAUGACAACUCUGAGCUGUUCAUAUACUCUGACUCAGUUCUAUAGCAAUGCUCAUAACGCCAAAAUGUAUCCAUGCGCAGCUUUGUUGCUUAUGACAGAAAAAUCUCUUCAUUAACUUGGAAUGGAAUGUACUUGGAAGAGUUUUAAUCAAAUUCAGAGGUUCCAACCUUAGAAUUACACAAGUUCCCAAAGUUCCUCAUUAAAACAAUGGGUUUUAAUCCUCAGAAUUCUGUAAUUAUGGUAAUUCUGCCAGGGCGUGAAUGCAACAUUAGUAGUAUGCAUAUGGCUAAUGCUAACGCAGUGCUAAUGCUAAGAGAAGGGGUUGCUAAUUUUUGAUGAGGCUGCUGUUUGUAGCAUCCUUCCUGUGAAUAGACCCAACAAUCCUGGAAAUACUUGGUUUUCAUGUACUGUACAAGUGUUUUGCUAAGAGCUAGCAUGAAGAUGAGUGAAAAAGCUGCUUGUUCUCUGUAUGCACGUUGAAAACUUGAUUCGUUUGAACUUGCUGACGGGGAUCAGGAGGAUAAAUGAAUGUGCAAGCCAUUUGCAUAGCAGUUCUUUACUGAUUUAUCGUAGUCUUGACCUUACACCGUUUGAAGCUGUAGCCUAACGUCCCAGUUCGUGGACAUUUAUUUAUUUACCACCGCUUUGUAUUGUGAGGGCGAGGACAAUGUGUUUAAUGUUUGAGUACUGUCACCUACAAUCAAAUGUUUUUUUUUUUUUUUCAGGAGUGAAUGAGUUCGUACACAUUUAUUGCACAUCAAGCCUUUAAAGAUUACAGAAGAGAUUCUAGCUGUAAUUUUACUUCAGGUAGAAAGUAAAAAUAUUGAGUUCUAUGUAUGGGUGAAUAUCAUAAAACCAUGUCCAGGUCACAUUUUACUCGAAAAUCUAAAUAAUAAAUAAAAACAAGACAUUUUACAUAACUAAAAUAAAGCCUUUUUUAGAACCAUAAAGAUUUUUUUGUGACUGUUCCACAACAGUUCAGCACAUUUUACCUGCAAAUCCCAUUACUGUAGUGCAUCCACGUUUUAUUUUUAUUUUGUACAUUUUAUUACUCUCAAAUGGCGAAUCUCAUAUUUUAAUAUAGUAAUCUAAUUA